ACUAGGGCUGUUGAAAGGUCUCUGCAACUUGCUUUUUUAGUCUGUGGCUGAUGAAAGAUCAACGGACUCUUAAAGGACUGGGCAGCCCAGGUUGCUAUAGGGUUGCUACAGCAACUUGAGUUCUCUGUGAAUAAGAAGCUAACUUAGCAGGCUCUUCUGUGACUCUUUAGAUCCUGCCGGCAGUGGUAUUGACAGCAUCUCUUCCUCAAUACAGCAGCUUCUCCCAAUAAGAACUGCUUAUGCAUUGGGACCACAAAGGUAUAACAGGAUCCCAAAGCUAGAAGAAAGAGCACAUCCACAACCAACACACAUCCUGGAAAAGAAGCAGAAUGGGCUGCAACAUAAACUAUGGUCUACUCACUGGGGCUAUCAUUGGAGCAGUGCUGGCUAUCUUUGGAGGAGUCUUAAUACCACUUGGUGAUUACUUUGUUAGCAGUACAAUAAAGAAGGAAGCUGUUAUUGAGAAUGGUACAAUUGCUUAUGAAAACUGGAUUGUGCCAGGAAGUCCUGUUUACAGGCAAUUUUGGAUCUUUGAUGUGCAAAAUCCAGCAGAGGUGAUGAAUGGAUCACGGCCAAUACUCAAGCAAAAAGGGCCUUACACAUAUAGGGUGCGAUAUUUGGCCAAAAUAAACAUCACUCAAAAUCCUGACCACACAGUGUCCUAUCUGCUGCCAAAUAUUGCUCGCUUUGAACCAACGAUGUCAGCUGGGACAGAAAAUGACACUGUUACAUGCAUUAAUCUGGCUGUUGUCGCUGCCCCUGCCCUGUAUACAAACAAUUUCAUUCAAUUACUGCUAAACACUUGGAUUAAGUCUUCCAAAUCAGCCAUGCUGCAGAACAGAACUGUGAGAGAAAUACUGUGGGGCUAUAAGGAUCCAUUCUUGGAGAAAGUCCCCUUCCCUCUGGACUCAACACUUGGCGUCUUCUACCCUUAUAAUGGAACAGCUGAUGGAGUUUACAAAGUUUAUAAUGGGAAGGAUGACAUAAGCAAGACAGCAAUAAUUGAUUCCUAUAAAAACAAAAGAAAUCUUUCAUACUGGGAAGGUCAUUGUGACUUGAUCAAUGGAACAGAUGGGUCAUCAUUUCCUCCCUUUGUUAAGAAAGAUUCAAUACUGCGUUUCUUUUCCUCUGAUAUUUGCAGGUCCAUCUAUGGCAUGUUCACGAGUGACCAGGUUGUGAAGGGGAUCCCCCUCUACCGUUUUAGUGUUCCUAGUGCAGCAUUUGCAUCUCCCGUUGUAAAUCCAGAUAAUAUGUGCUUCUGCACCGAUUCUGUUGUAUCAAAAAACUGUACAUCUGCGGGAGCCCUAGACAUUAGCUCCUGCAAAGCAGGGAGGCCAGUAUUUAUUACCCUUCCCCAUUUUCUCUUUGCCAGUGAUGAUAUAAAAGAAGGUGUUGAAGGACUGAGCCCAAACAAGGAUGAACAUGAAACAUUUUUAGAUGUAGAGCCUACAACUGGCUUUACAUUACAUUUUGCCAAAAGGCUGCAAGUUAACUUACUGGUGAAACCUGCAUCAAAAAUCGAAGCUCUUUCCAAAAUUAAAAAUCCCUACAUCUUUCCUGUUCUGUGGCUGAAUGAGACAGCUAUUAUUGGUGAUGAAAAAGCGGAAAUGUUCAGAUCAAAAGUGACCUCUCGAAUCAACAUGCUCAACAUCGUGCAGAUAGCAUUAAUCAUUGUUGGUUCUGUGAUGUUCCUGGCAUUCAUGAUCUCAUAUUUUGUGUGCAGAACAAAGGAUUUCAAAUAAACAGCAAAGGUCUUCUGAGGUUGGCAGUAGCUGUCAUAUUUCUGGCAGUUUAUUUUGUCAUUGAAUCGUACUAAUCUGAUGCCAUAAUGUACUUUAUACAAACAAAUACACCAUGGAAUUAAACACACUUUUCUGUUCUGGGAAACAAUGGCGAUGCACAGGGAGUGCAUGUGGGUUCGUGUGUACCCCCUGAGUGUGCCGGUGCACCCCAUGUGAAUAGGCACCGCUGGUGUCGGCAGCACUUGUGGGCGGUUGCCACUGACCUUCCGCCCUCACUGCUGAUGCCAGUGGUGUCUGCAGGCGGUCUGCAAUCGCUGAUGGCUGCUGCCGCAGCUGCCAACAGUGUCGGUGGGUGGUCGCUGACUACUAGUCCGUGCUUGCAACCCCCU